CGUAAUGAGUCCUUAGCAACGGGGACUACGAACUAUUUUUCAUGCUACAAAGCUAAUUAGCUUAGCUAAACAUUUCAUUUACUUGUUUUAACAUUAAACUAAGUAUUAUACUAACUAAAAUAUAUACGUAUAAGCAACACAACAACCAGUAACACUUUGCCGGUUAAAAAUGGGAGACCAACAAACUCACCCCAAGCGUGUUUUUAUCAGCGACGUUGACGGAUUUUCCUCCAGGAGCAUCGCCGAGUUUCUAUCGGCCUGUGCGCCCGCUGAGAGCCCCGAGGCCGAGCAGGCGCCAGCCUCACCUUUCCAGGUGGUAGCGACCGCGUCGCCGUCGUCCGCAGACGAGAGACGGAGCUUCCUGCUGGAGCAGCACACGUCGCCCACGAGAGACGAGCUUCUUCAGCGCCUGCUGGAAUGUGACGUGGUCGUGUACAACAUCGCAGAGUCUGCUACACAACAGCAGCUGGAAGAGGCCACGUGGGCGAUCACAGCCCUUCACGCUGAGGUGGAAAAGUUCAAGUCUCGUAAAAUGUUCAUCCUAGUAUCGACGGUGAUGAGCCGGGCUGUGGCCACGCUCCAGAAUCCAGUGAGGCUGGAGGAGGAGGACGGCGUCCUGGUCACAGAGGAACAGUUCAGAAGAAGGAGGCCUCAUCCCAGUUUCAAACUCCACGACCAGCUGGAGAAACUGGUGCUGAAGCUGGGCAGAUCGAAAAAGCCCAAACUUACCUGCUACGUCGUAGCGUGUGGUCUCCAGUACGGACGGGGAGAGAACCUCUUUCACUACUUUUUCAAGGUGUCUUGGUUGAUGCAGUGUCCAGACGUUCCCAUAUUUGGACUGGGCAGAAAUUACAUUCCCACAAUUCACGUAUACGACCUCGCAGGCGUUAUCCAGAACAUCAUUGAACUCAGACCAGCAUCUAAGUACAUACUAGCUGUUGAUGACUCCAAAAACACCCUGGGCGACAUUGUACAGGCGAUCAGUGAUAAACUUGGUCCAGGAACAACUGUCACAAUACCUGAAGAGGAAGCCAUCGCCAUGAGCGCUUUUCAGCCACACGAACUUGAGUACCUUCGUAUCAACCUUCGUCUGGACGCGUUUGUUAUAAAGGAUUCCUUUAAUCUUCACUGGACCUGUGAAGCAGGGAUGGUUGAGAACAUGGAGAAGCUCGUAGAGGAGUAUAAAGUCACCAGGCAGCUGCUCCCCGUCAGAAUCUGCCUCGUUGGACCUCCAGCUGCCGGCAAAAGCACGGUUGCAAAGAAGCUCUGCAGUCACUACCAGAUACAUCACGUCACCAUCACGCAGCUCAUUGAGGAGACUGUGACCCGGCUGAGGGCGACAGCGAGCGGAGGCGACCCUGCUGCUGCAGCUGCUGCACAGACUCGACUGGAAAACAUGACCAAAAGCCUGGAGCUAAACGCAGGCCGACUGGCCGACCAUCUAGUGUUUGACAUCUUGCAAGAAAGGCUGAAUUCAAAGCCGUGCAGGAACCACGGCUUUGUUCUAGAAGGCUACCCGAAGACCUAUGAGCAAGCGAAGCUGAUUUUCUUGGACGAGGAAACUGAGGACCAGGAUUCAAAGGUUAAAACACCUGAGUACAACAAAAACAUCACCCCAGAACACGUUAUUGUGCUUGAAGCAUCUGAUGACUUCCUGACCAAACGUGUGCAAGGACUUCCAGAGAGCGUGGCCGAGGAGAUGCGCUUCACACAGGCAGAGUUCGGUGCUCGUCUGACGAGGUACAGGCGACGCGCCGCGGCUGAGGAAACGCUGCUGGACUUCUUUGACGAGCUGGAGAUUCACCCAGAACACGUUGAGGUCACCACAGGGGAUCCAGAGUAUGCGGAUGUGAUGAAGGAGAUAACUGCGAUGGUGGGGAUGCCCAGGAACUACGGCAGGAGUCCACAGGAACAGGAAGCGGAGGACAGGAAGUCAGAAGAAGAGAGGAAGCAGAAAGUGGCCGCAGCAGCUGCCGAGAGGAGACGCGGGAACGAGGCUGCGCUGGCAGAGAUGGCGGCUCAGUAUGAGGAGUGGCAGGCGAACCUGUCCGAGGUGAAGACGCAGGAGCGUGCGCUGCAGGAAGCUCGGGCUCUUCCACUCAGGAACUAUCUGAUGAAGUACGUGAUGCCGUCGCUGACGGAGGCCAUGUUGGAGUGUUCCCAGGUCAGACCAGAGGAUCCUGUGGAAUUCUUGGCUGAAUAUCUUUUACGGAAGCAAGACUGAAUAUGAAGUUAUUGAUGAGCGAUUCCAUCCUUUCUGGUCCUAAUUUAAUCCAGUAGAAAUCCAUUAAAAACAAAUCUGAAUGUCA